AUGUGCCCGUGCCCCCUGCACCGCGGCCGCGGCCCCCCGGCCGUGUGCGCCUGCAGCGCGGGGCGCCUGGGGCUGCGCUCGUCCGCCGCGCAGCUCACGGCCGCCCGGCUCAAGGCGCUGGGCGACGAGCUGCACCAGCGCACCAUGUGGCGGCGCCGCGCGCGGAGCCCGAGGGCGCCCGCGCCCGGCGCGCUCUCCACCUACUGGCCCUGGCUGUGCGCGGCCGCGCAAGUGGCGGCGCUGGCGGCCUGGCUGCUCGGCAGGCGGAACUUGUAGGAACGCGGGGCUUCUUGGUGGGGCCGGAGCCGAGACCCAGCCGGAGCGAGCAACAGGUUGGUGAAAACCCUGUGUCCUUGGAGAAAGCUGGUUCCCGUUUUCCAGAGGGGGAGCCCAGAGCUUGAAAGGCCGCGCGCGGUUGGCACUUCGAGAAGGAAGUGGAGACUAAAGACAGCGGCGGCGCCUGGAGCAAUAGCAGAAACACAGAGUGGGACUUUGGAAACCCAGCUGCAGAAACAGACACCCCAACGCUAUUUACAUACAGCUCUCUCUAUAUA